AUGGCACCUAGUAAGCAAUGGAUGCAACUUGUUGAUAAUCGGCUCGAUGAAGCCUACUUAAUCGGAGUGCAAAAGUUUUUGGAUUAUGCUUUUCAAAAAACAGGAGAAGAAUAUGAAAUACGUUGUCCGUAUGUCAAAUGUUGUAAUACAACUUUAGGAACUCGUAAGAUAGUUGAGACACAUUUGAAAGUAUAUGGAAUAAUUCAAAAUUAUACUUUUUGGUAUCAUCACGGGGAAAAGUUUGGUGAGCCACUGUCAGAAUCAGAAGAUGAAGACGGUGAUGAACUAGAAGAAUGUGAAAGUGAAGAUGAAGUACAAGAAUUGUUGAGAGAUCUAUAUCCUAAUAUUGAUGGAAGAACCGUGCACAUUGAUUGUGACGAUUUAAUUGAAGAGGAACCAAAUAUUGAAGCAAAAAGAUUUUACAGGCUAUUAAAGGAUUUCGAGCAGCCACUAGGAGUUGUUACUGAUGGUGCUGAUUUGCCAAAAUCGUAUUAUGAGGCAAAGAAGAUAAUUCAAGACCUUGGCCUUUCCUACAACAAGAUUGAUGUUUGUACUAAUGAUUGCAUGUUAUACUGGAAGGAGGAUAGCUUACUUGAUUCUUGCAAUGUUUGUGGUGCGUCUAGAUGGAAAAUAGAUAGACAUAGCGGGGAAACAAGGAAUAAAAAAGAUAAAAGAGUUGAUGAUAGAAUAAUAAGGCACCCAGCUGAUUCAAUGGCGUGGAAGUCAUUUGAUGAACUUUAUCCUUCAUUUGCGACAGAGCCUCGUAAUGUCCGACUUGGACUUGCCAGUGAUGGAUUUCAGCCAUUUCGGAAUUUAAAAACCUCAUAUAGCAUUUGGCAUGUGGUUCUUAUUCCUUAUAAUUUACCACCUUGGUUGUGUAUGAAACAAGAAAAUUUUAUUUUGUCAAUGCUUAUUCCAGGUCCAGAUAGUCCAGGAGAUGCAAUUGAUACAUAUCUUCAACCAUUAAUAGAGGAAUUGAAGGAGUUGUGGGAAGUUGGCAUUGAGACCUUUGAUGCAUCAUCUAAACAGAAUUUUAAGUUGCAUGCUUCUUUGUUAUGGACCAUCAAUGACUUUCCAGCCUAUGGAAAUUUAUCUGGAUGGAGUACAAAAGGAAAAUUGGCAUGCCCAUGUUGCAAUAAAGACACCUCCUCAAUUCGAUAG